UGGAAAAACGUGGGGAUCCCGAUGGGACGCCAUGGUGGGGUGAACCUUUUCUAUAUAACCAGCCGAUUGCUUCAACAUCUUCUCAUAUCCUGUUGGGUGACUUAAGAUUUGUUUUAUUUUUUUUUUUAAAGUUCACAUUGUAAUUACAUAAGAUGAUUGUGCCAUUGGCAAUUUUUGUUGUCCUGGCAGUAGUUUCAAAUACAGAAGCCGACGUAAAUGCAGCUCGACCUCAUAGCAAUCGCCCAGGAAGAUUUUUAUCACUUCCGAUUCCAGACAAAUGUGUCAGGCGACCAAAGGAAUUCAAUUAUCGAGGACAUAAUUACUUUCUAAGUUCACAUGUUCCAACACAUGCAAGUCAAAAAGUCGAUUGGUUGGAUGCUAGAAACAUUUGCCGAGAGUACUGCAUGGAUUUAGUAUCUAUUGAAACUCAAGAUGAAAACAAUAUGAUCUACAGAUUGAUUCAACAAAAUGAUGUUCCAUACAUUUGGACGUCCGGUCGUCUCUGUGACUUCAAGGGCUGUGAAAACCGUCGUGACUUGGAACCUAAAUCGAUUUUCGGAUGGUUCUGGUCAGCGAACCGUGAAAAGAUGGCACCAACCAACCAGACCCCAGUCGGAUGGGGAUACAAUCCAUGGUCUCAAACUGGACACAAGAAACAAAGACAACCAGACAAUGCCGAGUUUGACAUCAACGGUACCACAGAAUCUUGUCUUUCUGUUCUCAAUAAUGUAUACAAUGAUGGUAUCGCUUGGCACGAUGUUGCCUGUUAUCACGAAAAACCAUUCGUUUGCGAAGAUUCCGAAGAGCUUCUCAAUUACGUCGCCAGUACCAAUCGGGGAAUCCGACUUUAAUUAUUUAAUUAUUUUUUUUUUAACUAUUUUACCUGUUGUUUAAGUCUACUUAAGAAUUUUAUACAAAACAAAGUAUUUUUACAUUUUUAAUUAAAUAAUAAUACCGAUUAAAUCGAGCCAAAAUUUUACCUUGUACCACAUUAAAAUGUGCUGUAUUUUAAUUAAAAAAAUUUUAUUUCGUUUUUACUGUUAAUUAUGAAUUAAAUUUUU